AUGGUGAUUUUGGCUGUUCUUGGUGCGUUCUCAAUUCCAAAGAUCUAUGAGAUGUAUCAGGAGCCGAUUGACCAACAUCUGGCAACGGCUUCAGAGCACAUCAGCAAAGCCACGAAGAUGUAA